AUGUACCAGGACUACCCCGGCAGCUUCGACACCUCCUCCAGAGGCAGCAGCGGCUCCCCGGGACCCCCGGCCGGCCCGCGGGGGGGUCCCCAAGGGGCCCCCGGGCUUCGCAAAUUCCGAGUCGAUAUGCCAGGAUCAGGCAGUGCUUUUAUCCCCACGAUCAACGCCAUCACAACCAGCCAAGACCUGCAGUGGAUGGUGCAGCCCACGGUCAUCACCUCCAUGUCAAGCCCGUAUUCUCGCUCGCAUCCCUACAGCCACCCGAUGCCGCCGCUCUCUUCGGUGGCUGGACACACGGCCCUUCAGCGACCUGGCGUGAUUAAGACCAUUGGGACCACAGUGGGCAGGAGGCGAAGAGACGAGCAGCUGUCGCCUGAGGAAGAAGAGAAGCGAAGGAUCCGGAGAGAGAGGAACAAGCUGGCAGCUGCUAAGUGUCGUAACAGGCGUCGAGAGCUAACAGAGAAACUCCAGGCGGAAACUGAAGUGCUGGAGGAGGAGAAGUCAGUGCUGCAAAAGGARAUUGCUGAGCUCCAGAAGGAGAAGGAGAAACUGGAGUUCAUGCUGGUGGCUCACAGCCCUGUGUGCAAAAUCAGCCCUGAGGACCGCCGGAGCCCGCCGUCCAGCAGCCUCCAGAGCGUUCGGACUGGAGCGAGCGGAGCGGUGGUGGUGAAACAAGAGCCUGUGGAGGAAGAGAUCCCAUCUUCCUCUUUGGUCCUUGACAAAGCCCAGAGGUCUGUCAUUAAGCCCAUCAGCAUUGCUGGAGGUUUUUAUGGGGAGGAGGCACUCAACACUCCCAUCGUGGUGACCUCAACACCAGCCAUCACUCCUGGCUCCUCCAACUUGGUGUUCACCUAUCCCAAUGUGUUGGAUCAGGAGUCUCCUCUCUCCCCAUCCGAGUCCUGCUCCAAAGCUCACCGGAGGAGCAGCAGCAGUGGUGACCAGUCCUCGGAUUCCUUGAACUCUCCCACCUUGCUGGCGUUGUAAUCCCCCCGCGGCCCCCCGUUGCCAGUGUGUUACAUCCCCCCCAGCACCAUGGGGGCAGCCCCCCUCCGUGGUGUUAGAGACAGGCAGAGGAUCGUGCAAGCACAAGGGCAGCAAGAGCAAGGAUGGGGAAGUGCUGCGGCUCCAGGAAGGAGAGCGAGGACCAACGCCAGCUGCCCGGAGGCAGGAAACGKCAAGGGUGGGACUGACGUGCCAGGACUGUUUGGAGAGGCUGAUCUCCCCUCUGUAGGAACUGCCUAUGGAAACCUCUUCACAGCCAUAGUGGACUUAGGAAACACUCUUGACCAGGACUGGAGGCGAGCUGGAGACAGCCGCUAGUUGUCCCUUUCCUUUGUGAAUUGAUCGGAUCGGUUAUGCUCUGUGCUUAGGUCUAUCUGGUUAGUUAAUUUUAUUAGACUUCUUGCCUUGCCUUUCUCUCUCCUCC